UACCAUUUGGAUUAUACUCUGCCAAUCUUUGACAGUUCUACUCUAAUCCUACUCUUCUCCUACAGCAUAGCCGUAUCCAUGGAUGAAUUGGAAGUAUACGAGCAUCUUUACGAACCGGGUAUGGGUAGACGCGGUCAGUAUUUUAUUCCUACCGAAUCCGAAUUGAUUAACGGAUUUCUGAAGAAAAAGAUCGAACGUCGCCCUCUUCCCAACGAGAUCAUCAAAGAGAUUCCAUUUUUGUACGAGUAUCCUCCUGAACUUCUCCCAAUUGGUAAGUUCAAGUAUGCUAGGAACAAUGAGGCAUACUAUUUUACCCACAAAGGUAAAAAACCUCCAAAUGGCGAGUUUCUUGGAGGAAAGAAGUUUGAUGGUGAAUGGAAAACUGAAGGUCUAGAAGAGGCAUGUUUUGGUCAGAACCAAAUUCUGGGGUUCAAAAGAAAGCUAUACUUGUACCGCUGUGAGAAGAGGACAGGUUGGGUGAUAAAGGAGUACAGAUACAAUCCAAAGCGAGUUCCUGACCAUUAUCUUCAGAAUAGCGUCUUUCAUGACUUUUUAUUAAAUUACGUGGUCUUGAAAAUUAAGUUCAAUCCAGACUUGAGGGAGAAUUUCACUGCAGAAGAAUCAUUUUCAAUUUCAAUGGAAGAUGCAAAAGACUUGGAUGUCUUCCAGGACUUUGAAGGUUAAGCAAGAGAUUGUCUACCACCACCCAAUGAAGCCUAUAUGAAGCAGCCUAAUGAACAUAGUUUUUCAUCGAACAGAGAACAUACUUUUUCUUCAUCCUUUGAGGUUCAAACAUAAAUUUUGACUGUUAUGCAUACUUUUGAUUGCCCCAUUUGUUUGAACUUUUGGUUUCCUAUGUUUGAAACUGCUUCCUGGCUCUUCAUGGA